ACCUACACUCUAAACAUCUGAGGGGGAGUUUUUACCUGUUUCAAAAGUCUGAGAGACAGCCGUAUCCUCAUUUCUCCAGUUUAUUACUCUGUGCUUAUUUUACUUUUACGGACAACGCAACUUUCAGUAGACCGAGUCAAAUUAAAUUCGCGGUUCUCAAGAAACUUUAAUGAUAUAAUCAAAGCAGCCUCUCUAGCGGUCCCAUGCUUGUGCACUGAGGCAAUCGGUGAAAUAUGGCCGUACAAAAUAAACAGGAUAUUUUUUUUUUCCAAGCAGUAGUAUAAAGCACAUAAUUCACGUCAAUGCAAAGCGAAAUGCAUUCGCCUCGCUCAGACUUCACAACCUUCAAAAAGUCCGAAAUAUUAUAAAAUGAAUUAACGGCGUUAAUGAUAACAAAGUAAAGAGCAAAAACCAACUUGUUCGAGUUACUUUAAGAAAACCCUUCAGAAUUGAUUUUACAUUUUUAAACGAUUACGCGCCGCCGUCGCUCGCCAGUAAGUUAUUAAUAUUAGUAUCGGCAAUAAUGUAGGCUAACUUGCGAGUAACAAGAGAGAAGCAUUAAUCCACUAAAGUUUGAAAAUAAAUCGUCAGGCACGUACUCGAUGCAGCUUCCCGACGCGCCAUUCGGCUCCAGCGAUUUGAUAAUGCGUUAUUAUAUUUCUUUAAGGAUAUAACGUCCCCCCACUAAACACUCUAAUCUUGCUUUAUCGGUCGUUUAAAGAAGAGGAGAAGCUGCCCGUAGUUAAAGCGACUCCGCGCGGCGUGUGUGUGUCUGUGUGUGUACGUGCGCGCGCGCGAGCAUGUGUGUGUGUGUGUGACACUGAUGGAUGCGCCAAUGGUUAGACGGACAGAUGCUUGGGCGGAUCUAACGGCAUGCACACACGAGUGAGUGAGAUCGGGCAAAAACAUCCCGGAUCAGCGAAAGACCGCUCUUCCCUUUCAAUCUGCCCAUGUGAGCUCGGCGCGCGGACACCGAAGCGAUCCCGGACAUUCUGGUUUUAUUGAACGCCGCGGCUCCCGGUCGCCCCCCCCCCUUUCCGAGGGCUCGACGCGGUUCCCCUUCGCGGUCAGGCGUGAGAGGAGACGGCACGGUCGCGAGGCGAAGACGCGGACUUCAGCGGAAGAGGCAGUGUCUUGACAACUCACCCUCAGCUAGUAAACAGAGAGGACACAGUUCCUAUCUCCCCCCUCUCAUCCAAUCCGGACAACUUCGCCCUUUUCUCCAGUGCGAGUUCACACUUUGCGUUUGCAAAAACGAAAAAGAAAAACCUCUCUCUUCGUAACACUUUUUUUAUGUAUAUAUAUAUAUGUGUGUGUCUAGUAGUAGGUUCCGUGAUGAUGGACAUAUCUGGAAAAUGUUGAUCUUACCGUCUUAAAAAGUCCAUUCUGUGAAGAAAGCGUUUGAUAGCGGAUUUUCGAAAGUGACAUUACUGGAGAGCGCGAGAGGAAGACGCGUCUGCUUCGCCCGUCGCUGUUUUUUAAAUACCUGCUACGAGCCCCACAAAGAAGGCUGAAAAAAGUGCUAUUAGCGGCCAAGAAAGUGUUUGGCAGUAGCUCGGUGAUCCAUGCUCUCGCAGCAGCAGCAGCUGAGGCGCAGCCCGAGUCCAUCCCCUCCUUCUGAUGUGCGUUAUUACGAGCAGGAAUACCCAAUCAAACACCUAUCGCAUCGAUUCUCUCGGCGGAUUCCCGACGCGCGCGGACAAAAUAAGCAAACGAGGCAGCGCGCGGGCGACAAGUCCGUCCAUCUCCUCCUUCGAGCUUUUUGUCUCUACCCCGGUUUGUUUAUCAUAAAAGAGAUGGACGUUUGAAAGGCGGCGGGCACUUGGAGUCUUUGGGAUUUUCACAGAAAGCUAUCGGCGACAGCUACGCGAUUUUUUUCUUUUUUUUUUUUUUUUUUUGGCUUUUCCAAUUGUGUGCGAUUACUCGGCGCGGAUUCCUCAUGGAUAACACGUUUAUUCAAGCGACCGACUUGCCUGUUGCAGCUUCCAGCGCGGAGUGAGUGAGAAUCGCACUGAGGCACGAGCGGUUUUCCUCCCCACCGUAACGGCUCGACUCUCCGUCACAUCCAAAAAGACGCGCGGGGGGAAAGAGAAAGAGGAAAGAGGGGGAAAAUCCCGCUUCGUCUUCAUCCUCCUCAGAUCUUGCCGUCUGAUUUUUGGGUUUGAAAACUGCCGAUACAUGUCAGGCGUGUGAAAGCGCCCCAGGUGCCGUGUAUCAGAGCAGAAGCGGAGCAGCUCUCGGGAUCUCAGGGGCUCCUGAAAAAAAAAAAAAAAAAAAAAACCCUGAAAGAGAAACAUGCCGCGGAGGAAACAGCAAGCGCCCCGGCGCUCGGCAGCAUAUGUGCCAGAGGAGCUAAAGGAGGCUGCCUUACUGGAUGAGGAUGUUGAAGGAGAGGAUUCAGCUGUGGAGGAGGAACCUGCCAUGAAGUAUGUGUGCCAGGACAAGGACUUACUCCUUAAAGACAGGCAAGGCUUUCAUGACUCUCCGCCGGCGGAUUUCUCCAGCCAUGAGAUGGACAGCGAGUCACACCUGAGUGAGUCCAGUGACCGCAUGUCAGACUUUGAGAGUGCCUCAGUGAAGAACGAGGAAGAUAUUUCAGCUAAGGAGCCCCUCACAUCUCUUUCUUCUACUUCAUCAGUGAUGAUGACAACAACAGCCACGCCAAGCAGUGAGGAGGUGACACAAUUGGGCCCAGACAGCCUGGAGCAGAUGAAAGCUAUCUACACUAGCUUCCUGACCAACUCCUACUGGUCAUCGCUGAACUUGAAUAUGUCUCAGCAAACAGCAGAAAAACCCCCACGUAGUCACAGUAGUAGCAGCAGCAGUAGUAGCAGCAGCAGUAGCUGUGGAAGUGGCGGUUACGACUGGCACCAGACAGCAGUGGCUAAGACCUUGCAGAAUGUUUCACAAAACCAGAGUAGACUGCUGCACCCAGCAUCCGAGCCAAACCUCUUCAGUACUGUGCAGCUUUAUCGGCAGAGCACCAAGCUCUAUGGUUCAAUCUUCACUGGUGCAAGCAAGUUUCGCUGCAAAGACUGCAGUGCUGCCUAUGACACUUUGGUCGAGCUCACCGUGCACAUGAAUGAGACGGGCCACUACCGAGAUGAUAACCAUGAGACAGACAGUGAAGGUGCCAAACGCUGGUCGAAGCCUCGCAAGCGUUCACUACUGGAGAUGGAAGGAAAAGAGGAUGCCCAGAAAGUUCUUAAGUGCAUGUACUGUGGCCAUUCCUUCGAGUCACUGCAGGACCUUAGUGUUCACAUGAUCAAGACAAAACACUACCAGAAAGUGCCUCUUAAGGAACCAGUAACUCCUGUGGCAGCCAAGAUUAUCUCCUCAGCUCGUAAAAGAGCCCCCAUUGAGCUAGAACUCCCCAGCUCACCAGAUUCCAAUGGUGGCACCCCAAAGCCUUCUUUGUCUGACCCCAACGACCUUCUUCAAAAGACCCCUAAUCCCUACAUCACACCCAACAAUCGGUAUGGCCACCAGAAUGGUGCUAGUUAUGCAUGGCAGUUUGAGUCACGGAAAUCCCAGAUCCUAAAGUGCAUGGAGUGUGGAAGUUCCCAUGACACACUUCAGGAGCUGACUGCCCAUAUGAUGGUCACAGGACACUUCAUCAAGGUCACUAACUCCGCCAUCAAGAAAGGCAAACCUAUCAUGGAGUCGAUGUCCACGACGACUCCUAACACCAUACCUACUAAUGAAGACAAGGUACAGUCAGUGCCGCUGGCUGCCACUGCAUUUUCCCCACCGCCACCAGCACCUCCUCCCCCUAGUAUCUCCCCUGCCAUCACACCAAUGGAGAUUAAAAAGGAGGAGAAGGAAGUAGAGUGUACCAAGGAGACAAAUAAUGGCAAAGACAAAAAGGCAACAGACAGUGAGACCGACGAGAAGUUUGAAGUCUCAUCCAAAUAUCCAUAUUUGACAGAGGAGGAUCUUGAAGAAAGCCCUAAGGGGGGGUUUGACAUUCUGAAGUCUCUCGAGAAUACAGUAACAUCUGCCAUCAACAAAGCACAGAAUGGCACACCCAGCUGGGGAGGCUACCCCAGUAUUCAUGCUGCCUACCAGCUUCCCAACAUCAUGAAACUCUCCCUGCGCAACUCAGGGAAAAGUUCUCCUCUGAAGUACAUGUUUUCUGGAGAAGAGAUCAUGUCUCCUACCAAAAGCCAACCUCUAAUUUCUCCAGCUAGUUGCCAAACAUCCCCUUUGCCCAAAAACAACUUCCAUGCCAUGGAAGAGCUGGUCAAAAAAGUCACAGAAAAAGUGGCCAAAGUAGAGGAGAAGAUGAGGGAUCCCGGCGCUAGAUCUUCCCCACUUAGACGGACCACACCCUCCCCUUGCAGUAGCGAUGCAGGGGAAUCUGCCAGAGGGGAGUCCCACAAGGAAAGAAGAGGAGCCAAAACCCCUGAGACUAAUGGGGGCGGAAACACUCAUAAAGACUCAAAUGGUGAUGCUCUUACAAAAGAGUCUCUGGAGAAUGGUACUGACCAUGUUGUCAAAGCCCCUGUGUCUACCUUAUGCAGCAGCACUGCUAUUAUAACUGACCAUCCUCCAGAGCAGCCGUUUGUCAACCCUUUAAGUGCGCUUCAGUCUGUCAUGAAUGUUCACCUAGGAAAAGCUGCCAAACCUGCCCUGCCGUCCCUUGACCCCAUGAGCAUGCUCUUCAAGAUGAGCAACAGCCUGGCGGAGAAGGCAGCUGUAGCUGCCUCCACUCCAUCUCAGACCAAAAAAACCAACGAGCAUCUAGACCGCUACUUCUACCACAUCAACAAUGACCAGCCUAUUGACCUGACCAAAGGCAAGAGCGAUAAGAGCAACUCCCUAGGAUCUGCUGCCCUGUCCUCCUCCACCUCCACUCCCACCUCGAUUUCACCAUCAUCGACCAUCACCAUGGCAAAAGCCUCAUCUGCUGUGGCUUCCUUCAUGUCCAACUCACCUCUGCGCGAAAAUGCCCUGUCCGACAUCUCCGAUAUGCUACGUAACCUCACAGAAAGCCAUGCAUCCAAGUCCUCCACACCAACGAGUCUUUCAGAGCGCUCAGAUAUAGACGGAUCGACGGCAGAGGAAGCAGAGGAGAUCUCUCCGGCUCAGAAACGAAAGGGGCGGCAGUCCAACUGGAAUCCUCAGCAUCUACUUAUCUUGCAGGCUCAAUUUGCCUCCAGUUUGCGACAAACGGGUGACGGCAAGUACAUUAUGUCGGACCUGAGUCCACAGGAGCGCAUGCAUAUUUCCCGCUUCACUGGCCUCUCAAUGACCACCAUCAGCCACUGGCUGGCCAACGUCAAAUACCAGCUGAGGCGGACAGGUGGCACAAAGUUCUUGAAAAAUCUAGACUCUGGCCACCCUGUCUUCUUCUGCAGUGACUGUGCAUCACAGAUCCGUUCCCCCUCUACCUAUGUCAGCCAUCUUGAGUCACAUCUGGGCUUCCGGCUCAGGGACCUGGCCAAGUUGUCUGGAGAGCAUCUCGUUAGCCAGAUCUCACGCCAUAGCAAGGGGCUUUCUGAGAAACUGCUUUCAACGCAAGCGCAUUCUUUGGCCCAUUCAAUCCCCAACCCCAGUCCUCACUCACUUUCCCCCUCCCCUUCCCCAGAUGAGGAGGCAAAUGGCACCUCAUAUCAGUGUAAACUGUGUAACCGGACUUUUGCCAGCAAGCACGCUGUCAAGCUCCAUCUGAGUAAGACUCAUGGUAAAUCCCCCGAGGACCAUCUUAUGUAUGUUAGUGAACUUGAGAAACCUUAGCGAUGGCCAAGGACAAAAACUGUCUCUCAUCUCUUUAUUUCCUGUCCUUUUUCAAGCCUUCUGACUAACAUUUCUUAAGGAAAAAAAUAUAAAAGAACUGAAAGUAAUUAACGAAGAACUAACUGCACAUAGAUGCCAGAAAACUACUGUUUAGUUUUGGCACAUCAUUUGGAGUUUUCCUCUGGGGAACACUCAUUUGGCCCUAGAGACAUUAAUUUUCUGCAUUUUUAGUUCACAAUGGAAAACAGAGAAAAUGAUGACAAAUGAUUUUCUAACUGUGCAGUGCUGAGUGAAGAGGUCACUGGUAAAAUAUGAAGGUAAAUAAAAAAGACUUAAAAAUGAAGUUGUAUGUAUUUGAAAGUUGUGUAAAUUGAAUUUUUUUGGCAUCCUUGAGAUGCAGUAAGCUGCAUGCAUUAAUGAAAUGGUUUAGUUCAAUAUUUGAUAACUAAAUCUGGGCUUUUCUUUAUCUCUCGCUUUAAUUCUCUCUUAUUUUUUUUUUCCUUUUUUCCCUCUUUCUUUUUUUUUAAUGUGACCUAAGUAUGCUGGUGUCAGCAGAAAAAUUUAACCCUCUGAGUACGCCUAAAUACUUCUAUAUUUACAACCCCCCCAAAACUAAACAAAAAAAAAAUAUAUGUAUAAAAAGAGAGAAAUUAAGAGAUUGGAAAUCACCGAGUUUAUAUGUAUUUGAGUGGGUAAAUUCAAGGGUAUUUUGAAAAUCCACUAAAACUCACCUUUUCUGAUAGAUCACCUCUUACACAGCUUGCAGUGCAGAAAUAUAUGUGAAUCCAAAAUAGCAGUUUUUUAGUUUGCUCAAAUCAGGGGCCUUUAUGAAUUCAGGUCAGUGUAAAAAUGUGUACAUAAAAACAUAAACUAAUUUCUGUCUAAAUUAUGCAUCAUUUUAUAUUUUUUAAUUUAAGAUGAGUAUGACUAUCUACUGGUGCACAAUAUAUGAAGACAUUAAUGAAAUUGUUUUGCACAAUAGUUUUAUAAAUAUGUUAUUUAAUCAGAAGAUAUGAAAAUGAGAAGAAAAAAAAAAUCACCCUAAAGUUUUAUUUCCACCUCGUGCUCAAAGGGUUAAAACUUCUUGUACAAGACAGUACUUGUUCCAUCAUUUCACUUAAAUGGUUGUAUAAAAAGAUGCUACUUUAUAAUGUAAGGAGGAAUUCCACGAUGUAACCUUUUUAUUUAUAAACACUCUUGGUUGUUGUUUCAUAUUGUAGAAUGCCUUCUUGAUUGGUAUCUUUUAUUUUGUUGUUCUGUCUAAUUAUUCCUCCAUAAAACCACACUGCAGCUUCAUCAUUUUUGGGGAUAUGAAAGGUAACCAUGGUUACCUUACCUCCAAUUGACAGUUCUGCUACGUUUUGGCAGUUAAUUUACUGAAGUAACUGACAGCUGCCAGUGAAUGGAAAUCUUAUGUGUAAAAUAUUGGCAUGUUAACAGCACAGGCACUGUUAUGCAUUCUGUGCCGUGUUUCUUUUUUUGUUGUUGUUGACAAUGAAGCACUCAUUAUAUGACUUCAUAUAACCUUUUUUCUACUGCAGCAUUAAAUUGAAAUUGUUUUGGUUUUUUGCAAUAA